AUGGCAUCUUCCCAGAGUAAAGAUCUUCCCUCCUCCAAAUACUUCUCUGCGUUCGCCGCCAACUACGUCCAACAAACUGGAAGAAGCACCCGUCGUGUCUUUGAGUCGUCUUUCGAUGAAAUUCAUGCAAUCAGACCUCUGAACAAGGAGUCUGUGGUUCACGAUAAUGCCGCUGGGCCUGGAAUAGCCGCUUCGGUCAUUAUCGACAAGCUCUCGACUGAAGAAGUACCCAAGAUUCUGGUGACGGAUAACGUACCUCCUAUGAUACAGGCUGCCAAAGACUCGUUUGCUUCCUGGCCACAGAUCGAAGCAAAGGUUCUGGACUCGCUCAACCUAGAGGGAGUCCCUAAUGACCACUUCACCCACAGCAUUCUCAACCUCAGCAUCUUCACUCUUGCUGAUCCGACCAAGGGCAUCACUGAGAUCUACCGUACGCUUAAACCUGACGGCCUUGCUGUCAUUUCAUGUUGGAAGCGCUUCGGUGUCGGGCAGCUCAUCCAUGCUGCACAAGCCAUCGUCCGACCAGACCUUCCAUCUCUGAAGCUCCCGCAUCCCGAGUUUUUCAAAGAAGGAGUUUUGGAGAAGACAGUGGCCGAGGGAGGGUUUGACUCGUCUAAGUUCAAGCUAUUGGAGAAGACAGUUGUUGUUAGUGGUCCUGAACUAGAUGAGGGGCUGAAGUUGUUUAUGCUCGGAGAUCUGAUGCGUCCUGCUCGUGCUGGAUUUACGGAGGAGGAGGAGAAGAAAUGGCCGGAGGCUGUGGACGAGGUGCUUAGGAAGGAGAUUGAAGUUUAUGGGGGAGUUGAAUUUGAGAGUUGGGUUCUCCUUGUUCAGAAGUAG